UAUCUCUCACACUCGAGGGAAGAGGCCUUAAAGGGGGAGGGAGAUUUGGACAGACUACACCGCCGCUGGUGGACUUUCUGAAAGACAUUCUGAGGCGGUAUCCUGAAGGUGGACAGAUACUGAAAGAGCUGAUUCAAAAUGCUGAGGAUGCUGGAGCCACAGAGGUCAAGUUCUUGUACGAUGAGACAGAGUAUGGAGUGGAGUCACUGUGGUCACAUGACAUGGCUCAGUAUCAAGGUACAGCACUGUAUGUCUAUAAUGAUGCUGUGUUCACGGCUGAAGACUGGAAUGGAAUUCAGGAGAUUGCAAGGAGCAGGAAGAGAGAAGAUCCUUUGAAAGUUGGGCGAUUUGGUAUUGGCUUCAACUCUGUUUACCAUAUUACAGAUGUUCCCAGUAUCUUCAGUGGAGACCAGAUUGGCAUGCUGGACCCACAUCAGACCCUGUUUGGAGUCCAUGAGUCAGGCCAGUGUUGGAAUUUGAAGACAGAUGCUAAAGAGAUCACAGAACUCACAGAUCAGUUUGCCCCUUACUUUGGGAUUUUUGGGAGCUCUGAGAAAACCAUUAAGGAUGGCAGCUUUCCUGGAACACUGUUCCGCUUCCCACUGCGCAUGAAACCCUCACAGCUUAGCGUCAACAUUUACAACAAAGAAAAGGUCUUGGAGCUCUUUGAGUCCUUCAAGGCUGAUGCAGACACGGUGCUUCUCUUCCUAAAGAGCGUUCAGAAGGUCUCCCUGCAUGUUCGCGAGUCUGAUGGUACAGAACGCAUGCUUUUUCAAGUUACAGCAACAGAGAAUACCGAUGGUAAGCUAGAAAGACCCGAAUCACUGAAAACUCUUGGCCAGGCUAUAGACAGUUACAGUAAUGGUGUGCCCAGCUCCACCAUCACAUGUGUCACUUACCAGGUCAAUAUCGAGACCCAGGAUGAAACAGCUAAAGAGACUCAGAGGACGGCUUGGCUGGUAUGUAACGGCGUGGGGGGCAGAGGAAUAUGCCCUGAGCUGGACUCUCUGGCAGACGACCUCAAGUUCAUCCCCACCAUUGGCAUUGCCCUGCCUCUUACCCUCAUCAACAGAGAAGACAAAGGUGCCACAUCUGGUUUCUCAGGUCGAGCUUUCUGCUUCCUUCCUCUUCCCCCUGGGGAGGAAAGUGUGACGGGGCUUCCAGUGCACAUCAGUGGCUUCUUUGGCCUCACUGACAACCGCAGGAGUAUUAAGUGGCGAGAGGUGGACCAGUGGAGGGAUCCAGCCGCCUUGUGGAAUGAGCUGCUCAUCAUCACUGUCAUUCCCAGGGCGUACUUGACUCUCAUCACUGAAGUAAUCACAAGGGUACAGACAAAAAAGGACCAAGACUUCCCACUGCCCCCUAGAGGGACCUAUGGGGCCUGGCCAGACCCACACCAGGUCAAACCCCGGUGGAAACCCAUCCUUCAGCCGCUGUUUCAUGACUUGCUGCAGCAGAAGGUCAUCUAUUCUCUUACUGAGAGCUGGAUCCGGGUGGACGAAGCCGUGUUCUCAGAGCUAGACACAGAUGUGGACAUUUCAGAGACUAUAAUCAACUACCUCCAAAGCUCAGGAAUGCAGGUGGCCAAGGUGCCUGCUGCUGUGGACUCUGUCUUGGCUGCCUACAUCACAGAGCAGACUGAAGUGAAGAAGGUGACCCCAACUUUGGUGCGGCAGGUGAUCAGGAAGUCUAAACACAAAGGUCCCUCCCAAGAGAAGCUGCUGUUGCUGGAGUUUGCACUAAGUGAUGCCUGUUACAGUGACCUGAUAGGACUGGAGCUCCUACCACUGCAAGAUGAGACGUUUGUAGCGUUUUCAUCCUCUGUUAGUGAGAAGGAUGCCAUUUAUAUUGCAUCUGAAGAGUAUCCCAGGUCUCUGUACCCAGGACUUGAGGGCCGCUUCAUACUGGAGAGCAUUAAAGCUUCAGUAAUGAACAGUCUGAGGAAUGCAGCCAAAAGCAGAGGAAGACCGUGCACUCAGGUACAAGUGCUCACCCCUGAACGAUCAGCUCGACUCAUCAAAGAGAUCCUAUCAACAGCCUGGCCAACCAGAGAUUUCACUGUCCAGUGGGAGCCUGGAAACAAAGAGAAGAAGCAUCCUACACUUUCUUGGCUAAAGAUGGUUUGGAAGCAUCUUUAUAUUAAUUUUGCUGAUGACUUAAGUACCUUUGAUGACAUGCCUUUGAUCCCACUUGUGCCACUUGAGGAAAGCAAGGACAAAGUUGAGCUUGCACGUCUCAAAACUCCAUCCCCCAUUAUUCUUUUAAAUGAGGAAGAGGCCCCGCUUUCUGAAAACCUUCCUGAAAUCAUGAAGAAGCUAGGAGCAGUACUAGUGAAAAAGAUGGAUUCCUGUUUGCAACACCCUCUUCUGAAGAAGUACAUUCAUCCAUCCUCUCCUAGUAUGCUGCUGCAAAUUAUGGAUAGAUCAUCAAUACAGCGAAUAUCCAGCCAAGUCUCUUCUUUCUCAGUCAAAGAGAAGAUUGCACUCAGAGACUUUCUUGCAGGGCUGUCUGAUAUUACAGAUAAGGAGAAGUGCAUCCUAUUGGAGCUUAGCAUUUUUGAGAAAGUAGGGCCCUGCCCUGAGAAAGGCACCCCGACGUUUACAUCAUUGAGAGGUGCCAGAGCUUUACAUCACACAGCCAAGUAUCCACAAGAUGUGAAGUUAUCCAUCAAUCUUGUGGGUUGUAAUGAUGAGGCAUCAAUCCGCCUCAUUAAGAUGCUAAAUGUAGAACAGGUGAAAACAACAGAAUGUUUGAAGCUGGUUAUUCAGGAUAUUGAGAAGGGUUUCUACACAAAAGACGAGAUAAACAAAAUCAUGCUGUGGGCACUGAAACAUCUGUCAUUUCUAAAGAAUGAAAACUCAUCUGUGAUCGGAUGGCUUUCUUCUCUGAAAUUCAUUCAUUUGCCCUCUGGAAAGUCUGUCACAGCCUCAGACCUCUUUGAUCCUGAGCUGGAGGUUCUACAGGAUCUCUUCUAUAUGGAAGAGAAAAACAGGUUCCCCACAAGUACAUUCACAUCAUCGCCUGAUAUUCUCCAUUCACUCAGGCAGCUGGGGCUAAGAAAUGAAGUGCAGCUCAGUGAGAAAGAUGUACUUCUAAUUGCAAAGAAGAUAGAAGAAUUACAAAGCAGUAAAGAGCCUGAAUGGGACUCUAUAGUGAAAAAGGCAAAGACACUAUUGCAAAUACUUAACAGACAAACCAAGUUAAUCAAGUCUGCUGAUGCUCAAGUAUCAUUGCUAAAGCUGAAAUGGGUGCCUGUAUGCAAAGAAAGGCCUCUAAACUACCCCAAAUCUCUAGCUUGGAUGGGAGACGCUAUCAACAUCUGUGCUCUGUCUGAGAUGUGCGAUAUAUCUCAUGCAGUGCUUGUAGGAUCUUCAGUAGCACUUGUUGAGCGCACGUCUGCAGGUAUGAAGAAGGCACUGAAGCUAACUACAGAGCCACAGGUGGAUCAAGUGUUACAGCACCUGAAAGCAGUGAAUGACUGGCAUAAGUCUCAAGCAUUCUCCACAGAGGAUUGGUAUCAGUUCCAACAGAUCCUUUUUGAGAUUUACGGCUUCAUGCAAGCUCAUCUUGAAGAUGCAAGAGAGGCAAUGAAGUCAUUGCCUUUUGAUUGGGUGUGGACAGGAAAGACAUUCUCAUCACCUGGCCAAACGGUCCUAAAGCCUAUCCCUGACCUAGAUUUGCAACCUUACUUGUACUCCCUACCAAAGACCAUUAGAAAGUUUCACAAACUUUUCAAGUUUUGUGGCUCAGUUGAGGAGGUUGUCCCUAGCCACGUGUUUGAGGUCAUCAACACUAUCCAGCAAAGGUGUGAAGAGGAUAUGACCAAAGAGGAAAGCAAGCAUGAUCUUCUGCUUUUGAUCAACAUCCUGAGAUGGCUGUAUAACAGUCAGAUAGCUGUAGAUAUUAACAUGCAUGUGCCCAUCCUUUGUUACAAGGACCCAAGUAAACUGGCUAUGAAGCCCAUUCAUGAAUGCACUUACUGUGAUAUCAAAGUAGAUGAUUUGAAUGACCUGCUAGAAGAUGCAUCAGAGCCAAUUAUAUUAGUCCAUGAUGACAUCCCUAUGAAAACUGCAGAGUGGCUUAAAGUGCCAUGUCUCAGCACAAGACUAAUAAAUCCAGAGAAUCUCGGAUUUGAACAGUCGGGCCAACGAGAACCCCUAACAGUGAGAAUAAAGAACAUUCUGGAGGAAUAUCCAUCAGUAUCAGAUGUAUUUAAAGAGCUUCUCCAGAAUGCUGAUGAUGCAAAUGCAACAGAGUGCAGUUUCCUCAUUGACAUGCGAAAAAACACUGACAUUAGAGAGAACCUGCUUGACCCUGGCAUGAUCAUUUGCCAUGGCCCCUCCUUGUGGUCUUUCAACAACUCUGUGUUCUCAGAUACAGAUUUUCUAAACAUCACAAGGUUAGGUGGAUCAAUGAAGAGAUGUGAAGCAGACAAAGUUGGCAAGUUUGGCUUGGGUUUCAACUCAGUUUAUCACAUCACUGAUAUCCCCAUCAUAAUGAGCAGAGAGUUCAUGAUCAUGUUUGAUCCAAACAUCAAUCACAUCAGCAAGCACAUUAGAGACAGAUCUAAUCCAGGGAUCAAAAUCAAUUGGAGCAAACAACAGAAAAGGUUGAGAAAAUUCCCUAACCAGUUCAAACCUUUCAUUAAUGUCUUUAACUGCCAACUUCCUCUAGCUCAGCAAUCUCCAUACAAAUACAAUGGCACACUGUUUAGACUCCCAUUCAGAACAGAACAGGAAGCCUCAGUGAGUGAAAUCAGCAGCAUCUAUUACAACACGACAGACAUCUACUCCCUCGUUGAUGAGUUCAGCAUUUGUGGCCAUCGGCUUAUUUUGUUCACACAGCACGUUGGAAGUAUGGUCUUGAAGUACCUGAAAUAUGAAGAGCCAAACCCAGCUGCAGCCCAAGAUGUUGUUACCAUAAACAAAAGUGUGUGGUCAUCCAAAGCCUCAUAUGGACCUCUAAGCAUCCUGAAAUCUGCAGCAAAAGUUAUGAAGAAGGUAGCGAGCACCAGCAGGGUACCUGCUGAUGUUCCCAAAUCUGGUUGCAUUAUCCGCAUAAUUGUGGAGGAGUUUCACAAUGUGUUCAAACGCAUUGUUGAUCUUCACUCCCCAUUGUUCAGAGGUUCAGAGGAAGAUCCUAACCAGUAUUUUGAGAUGGCUGCUAAAGGUGUUCAAACAAGAAGACUCACAGAUGAAAUGCCCCAAAAGGCAGUUGAGGUCACCAACUGGCUUAUUUGCUCAUGUAUGGAUGCAAAUGAGGCCCUCAAAUUUUCCCUUGGUGAGAGUGGAAAAAGGCUUGGAUUAGUGCCUUGUGGAGGAGUGGCUGUUCUGCUUUCAGAGGAAGAAAAUCGUAAAUGGACAGUAAAGGCAAAUACCAUGCCAAUAGGAGAGGUCUUUUGCUACUUACCCCUCCGAAUCAAAACCGGCCUACCUGUCCAUAUCAAUGGCUGCUUUGCUGUGACUUCAAACCGCAAAGAGAUCUGGAAGACAGACACCAAAGGGCACUGGAAUUCAAUAUUCAUGAGACAUGUUAUUGUCCAGGCAUAUUUAGCAGCACUCAGCAUGCUUCGUUCCAUGGCUGAAAGUGGAGAACUGCUUGACUACAGCUAUUACGCAGCAUGGCCUGAUCCAAGUCUGGUGCAUGAUGACUUCACAUUGAUUAGCCAGGGGCUUUACCAAGAAAUAGCCAAAGGAGGUGACAGUGACCAUUCAAAGGUUUUUUCAGAUGGGAAAACCUGGGUGUCAAUUAAAUAUGUACGAUUUCUUGAUGACACUUUACUUUGUAGGCCAGACAUUGGUCCUGCUGCUUUCAAGAUAUUCUUGAAAUACCUCAAAAAGAGUGAAUCACACAACCUCUGUGCUGUUGAGCUGCCUGACUGGGUGAAGGAAGGAUUUGAUGAUGCUGGAUGUAAAGGGAAGUUGAUGGAAAACACACUGACAGAGAAGCAGUUCUUCUCAGAUGUCUUUUUCCCCCAUAUCCAGGAAAUUGACAAAGAGCUUCGGGACCCCCUGAUGCAUUAUGUCUUGAAUGAAAAACUGGAAGAAUUUGCAUCGAUCCUCAGAGUUACACCUUGCAUCCCAUGCUCUGGCCCCAGUGAGCAGCUGGUUUUACCUUCCAGGCUCAUCCAUCCUGAGGGAAGAGUUGCUAAACUUUAUAACCCUGAUGAUGGGAGAUUUCCUGAAGGAACUUCAAAGGACUACCUAAAUCCUGUGUGUUUGGUUAAACUAGUUCAGUUGGGCAUGGUGAAGGAUGAUCUCUCAUGGGAGGACCUGAUUGAGCGUGCUGAAUCUGUAAUUAAUCUAAAUGAAAAUGAUCAUACUGCUGCAUGCUUUCGUAGCAGUAUACUACUUAGUCUCAUUGAUGAGAAACUGAAAAUGAGAGACUCAGGAACAGUUGACCUCUUUGAAAAACUGCAGGGCAUCAAAUUCCUUCCAUUUCUAACAAGACCUGCAGGGUUUUCACUACCAUGGCAUGGGAAUAACUUUUCCCCUAGCACCAUGUUCUCAGCUAGAGAACUCUUCACAACUGAACAUCAGGACACUGUGUGUCUGAUGAAGCCAAUCCUGAAUGAGAACUCCCCAUCUUUCAAAGGCUGUGGUCCAAUCUCACUGGCUGUGAAAGACUGUCUUGGACUAAUAAGGAAGCCCACAGUUGAACUGGUCAUCAGUCAGCUCAAAGAACUCUCUAAAUCAUUUGAUGGUGUCACGUUGUAUCAGGAAAACAUAACAAAUGCCUGUUAUAAAUAUCUACAUGAGGAGAUGCUACAGGAUGAUAGUGCAAAGGGGACAAUAAUGGAGGAACUGAAAGCUUUUAACUCUGUUCUUGUGGAGAACACAUAUGUUAAUCCCUCCACAGUUGCAUUCCACCUGAAUUUUGAUGCAGCUCCAUAUCUUUAUCAGCUUCCUAACAAGUACAGAAACAGUUGCCGUGAGCUCUUUGAGAAUGUUGGAGUACAGUCAAGCUUCACAGUUGAUGGAUUUUCAGCUGUUCUUGAAACUGUGAAGGAAGAGUGUGGGCGAAGGGCACUCACUGAGGAGAACUUCCAGCUCUCUCGCAGAAUUAUUAGUGAAGGAAUAUGGAGCCUGAUCCGAGACAAAGACCAAGAAUACUGCCGAGCAAAUUAUGGAGAGAUUCUUUUACCUGACUCCAAUCUGACAUUGCAGCCAUCAAAAUCACUGUGCUACAAUGACUGUCCUUGGAUUAAAGUCAAAGACUCUUCUGUGAAAUACUGUCAUGGGGAUAUUCCAAGAGAAGUUGCUGUGAAAUUAGGUGCAGUCCCCAAACGUCACAAAGCCUUGGAGAGGUAUGCUUCAAAUGUCUGCUUUACUACACUUGGGAGUGAGUUUGGACAGAAAGAAAAACUCACAAGCAGGAUUAAAAGUAUUCUCAAUGCUUAUCCAUCAGAGAAGGAGAUGCUAAAAGAGCUGCUUCAAAAUGCAGAUGAUGCCAAAGCCACUGAAAUUUACUUUGUUUUUGAUUCAAGAACCCACCCCACAGACAGAAUAUUUGAUGAUAAAUGGAUUCCAAUGCAAGGCCCCUCACUCUGUGUAUACAACAAUCAGCCUUUCACAGAGGAUGAUAUCAGAGGAAUACAGAACCUUGGAAGAGGAACAAAAGAGGCCAAUCCAGGAAAAACUGGACAAUAUGGUAUAGGAUUCAACUCCGUCUACCACAUCACUGACUGCCCCUCCUUCAUUUCAAACAAUGACAUUCUCUGCAUCUUUGAUCCACAUGCUCAGUAUGCACCUGGGGCAACAUCUGUGAGCCCUGGGAGGAUGUUCAGGGAUUUGGAUUCUGACUUCAGAUCUCAAUUUUCAGAUGUUCUGAAUCUUUACUUGGGGGCUCAUUUUAAGCUGGAACGCAGCACAAUGUUCAGAUUCCCAAUUCGCUCUGCAGAAAUGGCAAAGACUUCAGAAAUCAGUUCUGUCCCGGCAUCAGACAGAAUGGUGCAGAACCUUCUUGAUAAGCUAAAAACUGAUGGUGCAGAGCUUCUCAUGUUCCUCAACCACAUGGAGAAAAUAUCAAUCUGUGAAAUCGACAGCACAACAGGAGACCUCAAAGUGCUAUAUUCUGUGACUGCCAAAAUAACAGAUGGAGAUCGCCUAAAACGCAAGCAGUUUCAUGCCUCAGUCAUUGAUAGUGUGAGCAAAAAGAAGCAACUCACCGCCAUCCCAGUCCAACAGAUAACCUACACAAUGGAUAUAGAGGACACUGAUGGCAAUUUGACUACCUGGAUGAUCUGCAACCGAUCUGGCUUCCCAAACAUUGAAAAUGUCUCAAAAAGUGUGAUCUCAGCCCACAAAAAUGAAGACAUAACUCUGUUUCCACGUGGAGGAGUAGCUGCAUGUGUGAGCCACAACUACAGAAAACCUCACAGAGCUUUCUGCUUUCUGCCCCUUUCACUAGAAACUGGCUUACCUUUUCAUGUCAAUGGGCAUUUUGCCUUAGAUUCUGCUCGGAGAAAUCUGUGGAGAGAUGACAAUGGUGUAGGGGUAAGGAGUGAUUGGAACAACAACUUAAUGACAUCACUGAUAGCCCCUGCUUAUGUGGAACUGUUGGUUCAGUUAAAGCGCAGAUACUUCCCAGGUCCUGAUCCUACCAUGACUGUUCUACAGGGAACCCCAAUUCAUGUUGUUAAAGACACUUUACGGAAAUUUCUUUUCUUCUUCCCAGUAAACAGACUUGAUAUACAGCCAGACUGGUACUGCCUGGUUAAAGCAGUGUACAACUGCAUUCAUGCUGACCUUAAGCGUCUACUUCCUGUGGUCAGAGCACCACAACUUGACAGUUCAGAUAUGCACUCUGUGAUUUACAUUUCAUGGGUGAAUACAUCCACAUCAAACAAAGGCAGGGCAUUUUUUGACAAUCUGCUACAGGAUGAGCUUCAACACCUGAAAAACACUGAGUACAACAUCACCACAAGGAAAUCUGUGGCUGAAAAUGUUUAUAGGCUAAAGACCUUGCUUCUGGAUGUUGGUUUCAACCUGGUUCACAGCUGCGAUGAGACUGCAAAUCUUUACUUUUGUUUGGAAGAUGCAGGAAUUCCAGUUAGUUAUGUGACACCAGAGGUUGUCCGCAACUUUCUUCAAACCUUCUCAUCACCAGACACAUCUUGCCAAGUUGGAAAGCUCCCCUGUCGACUCCAGCAGUCAAACUAUAAGCUUUUCCACAGUUUGAAGCUUCUAGUUGACUACUGCUUCAAAGAUAUAGAGAUGGAUGAAGUCAAAAUAGAAGGUCUGCCUCUGUUGAUAACAAUGGAUAAUAUCCUUCAGGUGUUUGAUUCCAAAAAACCAAAGUUCCUCACAACACAUCAUGAGCUGAUUGGAUCAAGGAAAGAAAUGUUCAUGAAUACAUUGUACUUAAAGUACAGUGACAUACUGUUGAAGGCAGGUGUUGCAAAGAUCUUUGACAUUAGCAGCUUUGGUGAACUACUGGGCUCUGUUCUUCCAAGAGAGUACCGAACAAGGGUCCCUGUAAAGUGGAAAGACAGCAAUAUAAAUGAAUCCUGGCUGAAGAGUGCAUGGCACUUCAUCAGUGAGAAUAUUGCUGUUAAGGAGGACCAGGCAGAUAUCAGACCUAGUUUUGACACAGUUCUUGACAUUCUGAAAGACUGGGCAUUGAUACCCGGAAUCAAAUUCAUGGCAAGAGAAAAGCUAGUUGUCCCUGAGCAUGAUGUGCUUUUACCGCUAAGUUUGAUAAACGUAGCCAUCUUCCCACAAGGCCAAAAUGACAAAGUCUUUCACACCCUAAUGAAAGCAGGGUGCAUUCAGCUUGCUGUGAACAAAAUCAGUGUCAAAGAGAAUCCCAUCAUGCCUUUUCUGGCACAGCACACAGCAAACAUUGAUAAUCCAUCAAGCCUUCUGAAAGCAGUAGAAUACAUGAUUCAGACAUCAGCAUUUAAAGCAGCAAACCUGACUGACAAAGAUUGUGAGGCUCUUCUGUUGUAUUUCAGUUGCAACCUGGUUAACCUCGCACAAGAGGAUGCACAGAGCCUAAAACUCCUCCCAUGCUUUAAAGCAGUUAAUGGGAGAUAUAUCAGCAUUGCAAGUUAUGGAUCAUGCUAUGUUCUGGCAAAAAGCAUUCCCACUGCAGACAUGGAAAAAUGGGCUCACACAGCAUCCUUUGCCUUUCUUGCUGACAAUCCACAGUUGAAAGAACUGUACAGUUUCCUUGGAUGUAUGCCAAUUGAUGACUUAGAAGUCUACCUUAAACAUCUGCUGCCAAAGUUUGAAAGCCUUUCCUAUGAGGCAAAAAUUGAACACAUUGUCUAUUUGAAGGAGAGACUUCUUUCAAUGGAAGAAUCAUGCGGGAUGAAGGAUCAGCUCUAUGAGAAACUGGAGGGACUGUCAUUCAUCUAUGAUUACACAAACAGACUCAAGCCAACCAAGUUGUUCUAUGAUGAGUCUGUAAAAGUGUUUGAAGUCAUGCUGCCUGCAAAGUCAUUCAUACCAAAUGACUUCUUUAGGAAAGUUGAGCAAGUGUCAAAGCCCAAGAAUGGGACAUCAUUUCUCACCUCAUGGAUAACUUUCCUGAGAAACAUAGGUCUUAAGCAUGUUGUGUCUCAGCAACAGGUUCUUCAGUUUGCAAAAGAGGUCAGCAUCAAAGCCCAAACAGAGAGCUGGACCAAAGAAAAAGUGCAAAUCAUUGUUGAUGUUCUCCUGAACCACAUUUUCAAUGAGAGGACUGAUCUAUUCGUUGGUACUUUCCUGAAAGAACUCUCAAUGAUACAAUUCCUGUGUCCUGAGAGAGCCCCCAAAGAACUCAUCCGGCUUCAUUCACAGUACCAAGAGAUGAGUGGCACACUUCCUUUGAUUCGUUUCAGUGGGGCUCAAGUGAAUCCAAAAUUCAAGCAAACAGAUAUCAUUCACUUGCUUUGGACAUCUUGCCCUAUUCUACCUGAAAAAGCUACACCAUCAAGUAUAAAAGACCAGGAGGGGAGCACACUCACUGGGCAGGAACAACUUGACCAAGUGCUUAACAUGUUAAGUGUCAACUUGGAACCACCGUUGGAGAAAGUCAUAAGCAACUGCAAGAAUAUAUGCAAUAUAUCAAAUCCAGAUGAUGAAAUGGUGAGAACAAGGAACAAAGUUUUGAGAUCCACCUAUGAGUUCCUCAGCGCAGAUAAAAGAGACUUUCGUUACCAGCUUCGCGGGGUGGCUUUUGUCAUGGUUGAAGAGGGCUGGAAACUGCUGAAACCUGAAGAAGUUGUCAUUAAUUUGGAUCAUGAAUCAGACUUCAAGCCCUACUUAUACAAAUUACCACUAGAACUUGGUACCUUUCAUCAGCUGUUUAAGCUCCUUGGCACUGAGGAUAUUGUAUCAACAAAACAGUAUGUUGAAGUGCUGUACCGCAUUUACAGAAAUUCAGAAGGCAAGCAGCUUGACCCAAAUGAAAUGAGAACUGUCAAAAGGGCCGUUUCAGGACUGUUCAAAAGUCUCCAAAAUGACCCAGUGGAAAUUCGCAAAGAUCUUGAGAGUCUCAGAGAUCUGACAUUUUAUCUGCCAAGCCAUGAUGGUAGAUUAGCCAAAUCUAACAGCUUAGUGUUUGAUGAUGCGCCACACUACAAGAGCAGAAUUCAGGGUAAUGUUGGUGUUCAGAUGCUUGUGGACAUGAGCCAGUGCUAUCUGGGCAAAGACCAUUCUUUCCAUACAAAGUUGAUCAUGCUACUUCCACAGAAGCUAAGGCCAAGACUCUUGAGUAGCAUCCUUGAAGAGCAACUAGAUGAAGUUUCUCCCAAAAUGUGUCAGUUUGGAUCUCUUUGUUCACUCCAGGGUCGCCUUCAACUGUUGUUGUCAUCAGAGCAGUUCAUCACAGGACUGAUCAGAAUAAUGAAACAUGAGAAUGACAAUGCAUUCCUUGUGAAUGAGGAAAAGGCCAUUCGCCUCUGUAAAGCACUUUGUGAGGGAUUGAAAGUAUCUUGUUUUGAGAAACUCCAGACAACCUUAAGAGUCAAAGGAUGUAGUCCUAUCCCACACAGCCGCAGUGAAACACUUGCUUUCCUUAAGAGGUAUGGGACAGCUGUGAUUCAUCUUUAUAUCCAACAUUCAGACAGCAAAGACAUUAAUUUUCUCUUAGCACUGGCUAUGACAUUGAAGUCCGCAACAGACAAUUUGAUAUCCGACACAUCCUAUCUAAUUGCUAUGUUGGGCUGUAACGACAUCUACAGAAUCACAGAGAAGCUGGACAACCUUGGUGUAAAAUAUGAUUCAACAGAGCCCUCAAAACUGGAGCUGCCCCUCCCUGGAACCCCUAUACCAGCUGAGAUACAUCACAUACUACUUAUGGAUCCCAUGAAUGUAUUUUAUCCAGGUGAAUAUGUGGGUUACCUAGUAGACUCUGAAGGAGGAGACAUAUAUGGGUCCUACCAGCCUACCUACACAUAUGCCAUCAUUGUACAGGAAGUGGAAAAAGAAGAGGAGGACAACCCAAGCUUCCUUGGUAAAUGUUUCCAAAUUGACAUUGGUUACAGUGAAUACAAAAUAGUCAGUUCCCUUGACUUGUACAAAUUCUCUAGACAAGAUGAAAGUACUCAUGUGCGAGACAGCAGUGCCCCAUCAACUCCAACAACCCCAGGUGGUCCUUCUGCUGGUCCACAAAUGGUGCCUCCUCUUUUCGCUGGGAAGGAAAAUCACAGAGCACCACCCCAAAAACAGUCACCCAAAAAGAUCAAGCUUCACACAUUGCCUGAGAUUCUGAAAGAAGUGACCUUAGUAGUUGAGCAAGCCUGGAAGCUGCCUGAGACAGAGAGAAAGAAGAUAAUUCGCCGAUUGUAUCUCAAGUGGCAUCCAGACAAAAAUGCAGAGAAUUUGGAAGUUGCCACAGAGGUCUUUAAACACUUACAGAAUGAGAUCAACAGGAUGGAGAAACAAUCUUUGACUGAUCAGCAAAAUACAGACAGAACUUCCAGGAGAUCCUUUUCUACUUCUUCAAGCCGCUUCCAGUCAGAGAAGUUCUCAUUCCAGAGGUUCUAUACAUCAUGGAACCAAGAGGCAACAAGUCAUAAGUCAGAGAGGCAACAGUUCAGGGAACAUUACACAAGCUAUGCAGGUUCCUCUCAUUCUAACCGUUUCUUUGUACCCCCAACUUUCAAGUCUGUUGGAAACCCUGUGGAAGCCCGCAGGUGGCUGAGGCAAGCAAGAGCAAACUUCUCUGCUGCUCGGAAUGAUCUUCAUAAGAAUGCCAACGAGUGGGUAUGCUUCAAAUGCUACCUGGCCACCAAAUUGGCAUUGAUAGCUGCUGACUAUGCAGUGAGAGGAAAAUCAGACAAAGAUGUGAAACCAACCGCUCUGGCACAAAAAGUGGAGGAGUACAACUCCCAGUUAACAGGACUUGCCAAUGACGUUCAAAUCCUGGAAGGAUAUGGCGUGGACAGCCUAAGAACUCGCUAUCCUGAUCUUCUGCCUUUUCCACAGAUCCCCAAUGACAGAUACACUUCUGAGGUGGCAAUGAGAGUGAUGGAAUGUACUGCUAGGAUUAUCAUAAAACUUGAAACCUUUGUGCAGCAAAAAAUAUGAUGCUGUUUAACAUUAGAAAACUAAAAUCAAAAUAUGCAUAGAUCCUCUGUGAACGCGAGGACAGUGGCUGCGUGCAAUAGAUCAUGUACAUUGUUAUUUUGAGGCAAAUUGAAGUAUCCAGCUGGCAGCUUUUGGUACAUACUCAGUUUCUACCUGUGAUGGUGGAACUGCGGCCCAUGCACAAUGAAUAAUGCAUGGCUCCCAUAUCCUAUUAGGCUGUCUCAGAAUAGUUGUUGCUGUUGUAAUCUGUGUACAAACACACAAUCUAUAUGCAGAUGCUGUAUAUAAAAAUGCCUCAGCAAUACAUUUUGUUUACCAAAGCCCCCAUUUUGAAUAUUUUUGCUCUAAUUUAGAUUAGGGGAAAAAAUGAAAAUAUGCUGCUUUUUUACUUUAACUUUUAUAAAAUAUAUUUUUUCCUGCCACAGAUAACCAGUUGACUGUACUUUCAGUGUGUAAUCCUAAUGGAAAAUUAUAUUUAAUCUAUAAAUGUCAAAUACUGCAGUUACUGUCAUGCAAUAUGUCCUAUUUAAAAGGUCUCAAAUCAAGGCAAAGAAAAUACAAUCAUGUUUGUAUGUUUUACUUUUUUUUGUAUUUCAAUGGUUAAUUUCAUAUAAUUUCUGUACAAGCUGUAAAUUUUAUGUAGCAUAGCCAGUCACUUGUUAAUGGCACUUUCCUGAAACUCCUCACAUACUCACACUUGCAUUUGUAGAAUGCUUGUGUCACCCCACCAACUCGGGAGAAUCCAACUGUGAAUGGAAAAUUCUUAAUGUUACUUUAAACAUGAAUGUCUUUAUUCAGGAUAUGUUAUGUUGUGUCAUCUCAGUUACUGUUUGUUGAAUGUUUGUUCUCAUUUUUCUGUAUAUGACAUUUUGUCACUAUUUUGCAUUGUAGUCAUUCACUGUCCAUAUAGUGAUUAUUACCACACAUUUACACUGUACACUCUAAGGUCCUCCAAUGGUAUGACAGCAGCCUCCUGCUUGGAAAAAUAAACUUUAAGACAGAGCAAAAUAAUGUAGUCCGCAGCUCAACUCUAGUUCAACCUGAUCAGCCAAGAGUCAUUUCUUUUUACAGAGAUGGCCUGUUUGGAAAUACUACACUAGGCCAGUUUGAUAAAAUGAAGCCAUGGUGAUGAUAUGAUUUGGGCACAACUUUUAACAUGUUUACUUUUGGGAAUGCUAAGUCAUGUUCAUGUAUUUUUAGCCGUUUGGCCUUUUCUAGUUUAAGGAACAUACAGUGGCAUCAAAUUGUGGUGCUUUUUUCCGCUUUCCAAAGUUCAUUUUACCAUUUACCGAUUUUCAGGACUACAAAAUACACUGGUGACAUAUUGUAAAUGUAAUUUUGAAAUGUAAUUUCAAAUGUGCUUCUUACUUUCUUAUAUGUUGUCUUAUUAUACCUCAAAAUGGAGGUGAUUCAGCCAAGGGAAUCUCCUUGAAAACAAGUUUUACUAACAUUAGCAAAGGAAAACUUUGUGUAUCAUAUAUUUGUUGAUGUACACUGUGCCAUAGGUAAUAAAUCCUCCUUGAAGAAA